AUGGAAGUAAGAGAUGCAGGGUUUUUUCAGGAUAAAAAUGGGGUUUAGGUGGUGGGUGUGGCCAAUGGUGCUGUUGGCAACCAAACAUUUUUGAGGCUCUCUUGUUGGCCGCAGGUACAUCAUUUUGCAGUUUUAAAGCACAUUUCCUGCAAUUCUACACAUUUCGCCAUGACUUCUGCACUCUGAAUGACUCAAACAUUAUAACAAAAUCAUGCCAUGACAAAAAUACUUCUGCAUGCAUCAUUCUUGGAAUUUAAAAUUCUCUCUGACUGUAUAGCUUUUAUUUUGUUGAUUGUUAGUUCUCAAAGAUCUUAUAAAAAAAAUAUAUAGGUCCAUUAUCUUUUCUACAUAUUUUUUUAAUUAACUGUUUGGACAUAGAUGGCCCGCCGAAGACUUUACUAUGCAGAAAAAACCCUGGAAUGGAUUUAGCGUUUUAAAUUAAGUCAAUAGUCAUAUAGCUUAUCCCCGCCAGCCUUAGUAAUUUAACAUUGUGUCAAUACUUUUGGGGCGGUGCAGUGACCCAUUUUAAAACAACCUACUGGUAGUCAGGCCUGGAAUUUUGCAUGCAACAAUCCAUAGCCUUCUAGCUUCUUCACUUUUUUUAGUCUUGUGGUCAACAAAUGCAGUGUUGUAAAUGUAACUGCAUCAAAUAGAUUUUACACUCACCUGUCAACUUUGUGAUUGUCUGCGGGAAGUUUUUUUUUCUUCCACAUAUCAAUGAUGCUUAUUUGAUCUGGCCUAGGUCUCAAAUAAUAAUAAUAUAUGCCAUUUAGCAGACGCUUUUAUCCAAAGCGACUUACGUUCAUGCGUGCAUGCAUUUUAUGUAUGGGUGGUCCUGGUAAUCGAACACACUAUCCUGGCGUUGCAAGUGCCAUGCGCUACCAACUGAGCUAUAGAGGUCCACGAAUAUAACUGACACUGUUUCUUUUCUUCCCCCUGUUGUCUCAGCUGUCCAGAGGUGCCCCUGGUGGCUCCCCUUGCUUACAGCCAAAGCCCCCCCCCCCUUACCCCCUGCCCUGUCAAGAAGAGGCCCCCCUCCCCUCCCCCCACCUUCCCUCCUCUCCCUCUUCCCUCCUCGUCCUUCUCUGCAGUAAGUGCCCUCCCCCCUCCUCUGCCAAGCUGUCGGACAUGCCAGGACCCGUGCCGAGUCGGGCCCGCGUGUACACAGAUGUCAACACACACCGGCCCAGGGAGUACUGGGACUACGAGUCCCAUGUGGUGGAAUGGGGGUACGUACCAGCAACACGCACCCAGUCUUUAAAGUCACAGCAACGUUGGUGCUUGCUAAACUAUUAUGAGGAGACUGAAAUUACUAUUUCUCUUCAUUCCAUUGUCUUGACGUGACUUGUAUUAAUAUGCCGACUGUUAUUUAUCGAAUCAACUAACUAUGUUUAAUUGUCACUCGAUUAAAUUAAUCAUGUAACAAAUAACUCAUUAGGAAUUUGGGGCACCACGGAAAAAGUUGUUUAACAAGUUACCAUCUCCCAAAUUAAACUCUUAGAAUAUAUAUAUAUAAUAUAUCGAUAACAUUCACUUAUCAAAUAAUUACCUCUUAUCGGUAUCAUUCUGAACAUCGCAUAAUCCUUAAACCUGCAAGAACCCUAUCCUUAUUGAUGAAUCAGCAAUACACAAAUUGCCUUUAUUUAUUCACUAACAAACUAAAUAAUAUCACAGAAUACAAACACACACACAGGUUAUUGAUUACUAACGUAAUACAAUGAGAACAGGUCCCUAGUGGACUGGACGAACAAUAGCAUGAAUGCUUGGGUAGAAGGAGGGUCAAAUGGAAGGGAGAGACAGAGAUUCAAACUAUUGUUGUUACUUUGGAGACUACGCUCACAGUAAUCAUAAUACUUAUGCACCCUAAUAACCGCUCAUUCGGAUUAGAAAUGCAACAUGUAUUUACUUGUAGCUGUCUUCGAUAGUUGAGUUGAUGAUGUAGGACUCUGGUUUGCCCACCAGAGAUCCCAAUGUCCUUGGUAGAGUUUCUGGUCGUAGUGGUGGUUAGAAUGUAUACUUCAGCGUACCCUGUAGUUUGUAGAGUUGAUCUGUUAGAUAGAUACAUCAGAUGUAUCAACGGUUGUCUGAGAGGGAUUGUCCUUCGCAACUCGUGUCUAGUAAAAGUUCUCUAGACGACUAUACAUGCCAGCUGCAAACUGGUAAUGCAAAGGUCUAGUGUGUUGUCUUCUUCUUCACCUCGUGUAAAGGUUGAGAGUUUCAGAGUUUCACCAUUUUACCAUAUUCAGCUCGCGCUGCAUGUCGGCUGGUCUGUAGAGUAUCAACCAUAUUAAGCCGUGGGGCUUCCUGUUCUUGUUCUAACCAUUUUAAGCCGUGUAGCUGCAGCUUCACGCUUCCUGGUCUUGUAGAAAUUCAACCAUUUGCAACAUCCGUUGCAAAGGUGAAUUUCGAUACUUGAGUAGAAAAGGCGUCUGGGCGUGGCCACUGACUGAGAACAAAUCAAUAUGGAAACAAUCAUCUCAUCUAGAAUGCUAAAAUCACAUUAUCUUCACAAAAGUAUUAUUAUACACUGCUCAAAAAAAUAAAGGGAACACUAAAAUAACACAUCCUAGAUCUGAAUGAAUGAAAUAAUCUUAUUAAAUACAUUUUUCUUUACAUAGUUGAAUGUGCUGACAACAAAAUCACACAAAUUAUCAAUGGAAAUCAAAUUUAUCAACCCAUGGAGGUCUGGAUUUGGAGUCACCCUCAAAAUUAAAGUGGAAAACCACACUACAGGCUGAUCCAACUUUGAUGUAAUGUCCUUAAAACAAGUCAAAAUUAGGCUCAGUAGUGUGUGUGGCCUCCACGUGCCUGUAUGACCUCCCUACAAUGCCUGGGCAUGCUCCUGAUGAGGUGGCAGAUGGUCUCCUGAGGGAUCUCCUCUCAGACCUGGACUAAAGCAUCCGCUAACUCCUGGACAGUCUGUGGUGCAACGUGGCGUUGGUGGAUGGAGCGAGACAUGAUGUCCCAGAUGUGCUCAAUUGGAUUCAGGUCUGGGGAACGGGCGGGCCAGUCCAUAGCAUCAAUGCCUUCCUCUUGCAGGAACUGCUGACACACUCCAGCCACAUGAGGUCUAGCAUUGUCUUGCAUUAGGAGGAACCCAGGGCCAACCGCACCAGCAUAUGGUCUCACAAGGGGUCUGAGGAUCUCAUCUCGGUACCUAAUGGCAGUCAGGCUACCUCUGGCGAGCACAUGGAGGGCUGUGCGGCCCCCGCAAAGAAAUGCCACCCCACACCAUGACUGACCCACCGCCAAACCGGUCAUGCUGGAAGAUGUUGCAGGCAGCAGAACGUUCUCCACGGCGUCUCCAGACUCUGUCAAAUCUGUCACAUGUGCUCAGUGUGAACCUGCUUUCAUCUGUGAAGAGCACAGGGCGCCAGUGGCGAAUUUGCCAAUCUUGGUGUUCUCUGGCAAAUGCCAAACGUCCUGCACAGUGUUGGGCUGUAAGCACAACCCCCACCUGUGGACGUCGGGCCCUCAUACCACCCUCAUGGAGUCUGUUUCUGACCGUUUGAGCAGACACAUGCACAUUUGUGGCCUGCUGGAGGUCAUUUUGCAGGGCUCUGACAGUGCUCCUCCUGCUCCUCCUUGCACAAAGGCGGAGGUAGCAGUCCUGCUGCUGAGUUGUUGCCCUCCUACGGCCUCCUCCACGUCUCCUGAUGUACUGGCCUGUCUCCUGGUAGCGCCUCCAUGCUCUGGACACUACGCUGACAGACACAGCAAACCUUCUUGCCACAGCUCGCAUUGAUGUGCCAUCCUGGAUGAGCUGCACUACCUGAGCCACUUGUGUGGGUUGUAGACUCCGUCUCAUGCUACCACUAGAGUGAAAGCACCGCCAGCAUUCAAAAGUGACCAAAACAUCAGCCAGGAAGCAUAGGAACUGAGCAGUGGUCUGUGGUCACCACCUGCAGAACCACUUCUUUAUUGGGGGUGUCUUGCUAAUUGCCUAUAAUUUCCACCUGUUGUCUAUUCCAUUUGCACAACAGCAUGUGACAUUUAUUGUCAAUCAGUGUUGCUUCCUAAGUGGACAGUUUGAUUUCACAGAAGUGUGAUUGACUUGGAGUUACAUUGUGUUGUUUAAGUGUUCCCUUUAUUUUUUUGAGCAGUUUACUUAAUCAUUCAUUUUAUACAACAAUUAGAUUUCAAACCUCAUAACUGGGAAGUGUACACCCCAAUAGAUACAGUUAUGUUGUUCCACCAUCUUUAAUGACAUCACAACAUAGUAACGAAUUUGACAUGAUUGUUCUUUAAGUCCCCUCCGACCAUUUCCCACAUUCUUUGAAGUAGGAAUAUUGUUUCAUUAUCCACUUUUGGAUGUUGGAGUCUUGGCGGGAAGACUCCUAAUACUGCAAGGCACGGAAAAGGUAGUUUCUGCGAGGAAUUUACGACCCGUCAUAAAACUGGCCCCCAGGAAAGGGGGUGUUCAAACCUUUGCCUAGCCGGCAUCUUUGAUCCUCAACCCAUAAGGGAAAGUCAUGACACCAUGUUAAAUCUCAAGGCUAGAUCAAGGUCUGCUCCCUUUGUGUUAUUUGCAGUUUAAUUUCAAAUUCCUUGAAUGGUGUAAUUGACAAACAAUUCUUCCCGCAGAAAUCAAGAUGACUUCCAGUUGGUGCGGAAGCUGGGACGCGGGAAGUACAGUGAAGUGUUUGAAGCAGUCAACAUCACCAACAACGAGAAGGUUGUGGUGAAAAUACUCAAGGUAACGAUGAGAAAUCAAUAUCGUUCAGAUCAUAGAUUAAUAGAUUGCCAUUCGAUACAGACUCGCGUUGGAUUCAUAUUGAAGUAAAACUGCCCUGACAAUCAAUACAAUUGGUCUUUAAUUGUGUCCAUAGCCUGUAAAAAAGAAGAAAAUCAAGCGUGAAAUUAAGAUCCUGGAGAACCUCCGCGGAGGCCCUAACAUCAUCUCCCUCAUAGACAUCGUCAAAGACCCAGUGGUGAGUAGGAAUGGCGGGAAAGAUGUGAAAACAGUAUUGUUCUUUUAGAGGACAUGACUUUGAUGCAACAACCCCUUCUCUUCUUUCAGUCUCGGACACCCGCCUUGGUCUUUGAACAUGUCAACAACACUGACUUCAAGGUAAGCCAGAGCAUCCGUCUUAUGCACAUCGCAGCAAAACAUUUUGCAACAGAACAUGAAAUAGUUUCUUAUUGGACAAGUUCAGGGGUGUAUUCACUAGGAACCAAACGGAACCAAACGAAAAGGGGCGGGGACCUACCUGAAUUUGUCCAAUAGAAACUCUAAUUUUCAACUGUUUGGACUAAUGAUUACACCCCAGGUAGUCCCUCUCCGUUUCAGUCUGUUUUCUUCCGUUUGGUGGCUAAUGAAUACGACCCUGAUUCUUGACCGUGUACAACAUCUCUAUUCUGAAACAAAGCCCUAUGAAACCUUCUUUCUUGGCAUGCAUACUGUUUCCCCGUACUCCUGUUUGUGUGUGUCUGUGUGUGUUGAGGGACAAAAAGGUGCAGUGCAAUGUCUUCGGUGUCAGGAUGUUUUUUGUCUUCUGGUUCUAUCCUCAAUCGCUGGUACACGAUGAUCAAGUUUGGUGUUGAAUUACUUAAUAGUAGACCUAAGUGUUACCAGUCAGAUGCCCAAGUUGAUAGCUUGUGAUUUGAAUAAUAUGUUAAUUAUUUGUAUUGGAUAAUGGGUUCCGGUUGCGAAGACGGAUACGCAUGUACUGUGCAGGGAUGAGUUAAAUCACUGUAUUGAUUCACUGCAUCUGUUUUUACUUGCAGCAAUUGUACCAGACCCUAACAGACUAUGACAUCCGGUUCUACAUGUUUGAGAUCCUCAAGGUGAGUCUCGUAUUUUUGUAAUUUGGGUGAACUAUCCCAUUAAUUUGUGCUAGAAGCCCAGAGACUUUGCCAGACAUGAGUCAGCAUUUCCCACUCUCAAAACAAGAACAUUCAGGUGCUUAGAGUAUAUAGGCCCCUUGUUUGUCUUUGUCCGACAGUUACAUACCAGCCCUCUAUUUUCCCAUCAUGUUUGUGCGCCCAGACGGGUACACAACGUCUGUUUUGUUAUUUCUGCCUUUAUUUAAUUACUGUGUUGAGUAAAUCCCCAGCCUCCUCGUUGCUAACCGGCGGCCAUUUUGGCUCUGUGCACAGGCCCUGGACUACUGCCACAGCAUGGGAAUCAUGCACAGGGACGUGAAACCCCACAACGUGAUGAUUGAUCACGAACACCGCAAGGUGAGAUUUUACGACCAAUGCAGCGGAGGCACAGUUAUUCCCCCUAUCUGAUUCUCCCUAGUCAAGACCUUUGUCAUCCAUUGAAUGUGACUACAAUAUGUAGGUUAGUUUAUAUAGAAAUUGGAGCUCUAAGAAAUGAGAUAUUGUACCACGACAAUCCUCAAAACAAUACCCCAAAGUCCAAGUAGUCCCUCCCAGUUUCACUCUGUUUGGUGCCCAAAUAAGCGCAACCCUGUUAUAUUUCUCUCAAUAUUGACUUGCCUCUGUUUGUGUAUUCUUCCAGCUGCGCCUUAUUGACUGGGGUCUGGCUGAGUUCUACCACCCAGGACAGGAGUACAAUGUCCGAGUGGCUUCUCGCUACUUCAAAGGACCCGAGCUUCUGGUUGACUAUCAGGUAUGUUGUCCUGCUACUGUUAUGAAUUGUGUGACGUGCUCAGUUUAUAUUCUUUGCUGUUGUGUAGAUCCCAUAUAUAUAUAUAUAGAUAAUUACAGAUACCCUUUUCACAAUACUGAGCUGUGCUGGGCUGUUUACGCAUCCACCAUAGUUACUGGAACCGUGCUGGACAGGGAAAUGUGAAAACCAAAUAUCUUGACCUUUUUUUCUAACUUAUUGAUUUCACUAUCUUUGUCCAGAUGUAUGACUACAGUCUGGACAUGUGGAGCUUGGGCUGCAUGUUGGCCAGCAUGAUCUUCAGGAAGGAGCCUUUCUUCCACGGCCACGACAACUACGACCAGGUAAACACACACUCCAAUACUUUGUCCACCAUGUCUCAAAGGACAUACUCAUUAUCAGUGAAGAAAAUAACCUUGGGCCUGUUCAGGAGGGUGCAAGGUUACAGAACCUACAGUUAGAAAUAGACUGUGUAGAACAGAUAUGAUUCUGUCGGGUCCAUUUCUAUCUGCAAUGGUCAGAGCGUUUCACGUCACUGAAUACACCCCAGGUGAGAUGAAUGACUAGAUGUUUUUUCUCACUUUGUAGUUGGUGAGAAUAGCCAAGGUGUUGGGAACGGAAGACCUGUAUGACUACAUCGACAAGUACAACAUUGAGCUGGAGCCUCGGUUCAAUGACAUUCUGGGAAGGUGCGUUGUCUGUCUUCACUAGUGUGCGUUAUUGUACACUUGGUUUAUAAACUUAUACUCCUUUCACAUAGGAUUUACGAUAUGUUGCCUGUAAAAAAAAAAAAAAAAAUGCAAUGUUUAUGACCCCCCUUUCAAACAGGCCCAUGUUUACCACAUUCUUGCCUGCAUACGCCUUUUAUACCUCCUGUGCGCAUGCCGGUGACGAGUGGUAGAUGAGGGUGGGCGUCUAUUUUAUUAACUCCAAUGAAAAUACACCAUCACAAAGAAAUCCAUUAUUCAUUAGUUAAGACAAAUAAAAUGUGUUUUUAAAAGAAUACAAUAGUAUAUUUUGAGUUUCAUUUUGUUACUGGUCUGUGCAGCCUAUAGGCUACAUAGCUGUGCCUUGCAAAUUAAAUCAAUAGUUUAUUUUGUUCAUUAAAACAGAUAAUACACACACAUUCCCCUGUCCUGAUCAGUCAACACACAUAUAUUUUAUAGUAAGAAUAUAAUGUAAUAUAACAAUAAAAUAGAAAUAAAAAAAAAUCACACAACUUGAGUGUCACAGGAUCGUGUGGAACCGCGGUCAUAUACAGUGCCUUGCAAAAGUAUUCAUCCCCCUUGACGUUUUUCCUAUUUUGUUGCGUUACAACCUGUCAAUUAAAUAGAUUUUUAUUUGGAUUUUAUGUAAUGGACAUUCACAAAAUAGUCCAAAUUGGUGAAGUGAAAUGAAAAAAAUAACUUGUUUCUAAAAAUUCUAUAAAAUAAAUAACGGAAAAGUGGUGCGUGCAUAUGUAUUCACCCGCUUUGCUUUGAAGCCCCUAAAUCAGAUCUGGUGCAACCAAUUACCUUCAGAAGUCACAUAAUUAGUUAAAUAAAGUCCACCUGUGUGCAAUCUAAGUGUCAAAUGAUCUGUCACAUGAUCUCAGGAUAUAAACACCUGUUCUGAAAGGCCCCAGAGUCUGCAACACCACUAAGCAAGGAGCACCACCAAGCAAGUGGCACCAUGAAGACCAAGGAGCUCUCCAAACAGGUCAGGGAAUAAGUUGUGGAGAUCAGGGUUGGGUUAUAAAAAAAUAUCAAACUUUGAACAUCCCACCAUUAAAUCCAUUGUUGAAAAAUUGAAAUAUGGCACCACAACAAACCUGCCAAGAGAGGGCCACCCACAAAAACUCACGGCCCAGGCAAGGAGGGCAUUAAUCAGAGAGGCAACAAAGAGACCAAAGAUAACCCUGAAGGAGCUGCAAAGCUCCACAGCGGAGAUUGGGGUAUCUGUCCAUAGGACCACUUUAAGCCAUAUACUCCACAGAGCUGGGCUUUACAGAAGAGUGGCAGAAAAAAGCCAUUGCUUACAGAAAAAAAUUGGCAAACACGUUUGGUGUUCGCCAAAAGGCAUGUGGAAGACUCCUCAAACAUAUGGAAGAAGGUACUCUGGUCAGAUGAGACUAAAAUUGGUCUGGUGCAAACCCAACACCUCAUCACCCUGAGAACACCAUCCCCACAGUGAAGCAUGGUGGUGGCAGCAUCAUGCUGUGGGGAUGUUUUUAAUCGGCAGGGACUGGGAAACUGGUCAGAAUUGAAGGAAUGAUGGAUGGCGCUAAAUACAGGGAAAUUCUUGAGGGAAACCUGUUUCAGUCUUCCAGAGAUUUCAGACUGGGACGGAGGUUCACCUUCCAGCAGGACAAUGACCCUAAGCAUACUGCUAAAGCAACACUUGAGUGGUUUAAGGGGAAACAUUUAAAUGUCUUGGAAUGGCCUAGUCAAUGCCCAGACCUCAAUCCAAUUGAGAAUCUGUGGUAUGACUUAAAGAUUGCUGUACACCAGCGGAACCCAUCCAACUUGAAGGAGCUGGAGCAGUUUUGCCUUGAAGAAUGGGCAUAAAUCCCAGUGGCUAAAUGUGCCAAGCUUAUAGAGACAUACCCCAGGAGGCUUGCAGCUGUAAUUGCUGCAAAAGGUGGCUCUACAAAGUAUUGACUUUUGGGGGGUGAAUAGUUAUGCACACUCAGGUUCUGUUUUUUUUAUUUAUUAUUUCUUGUUUGUUUCACAAGAAAAAAUGUUUUGGAUCUUCAAAGUGGUAGGCAUGUUGUUUAAAUGAAAUGAUACAACCCCCCCCCCCAAAAUCCAUUUUAAUUCUAGGUUGUAAGGCAACAAAAUAGGAAAAAUGCCAAGAGGGGUGAAUACUUUCGCAAGCCACUGUAACAAAAUAGUGAUAUUUUUAAACAAAGCCCAUGCCGACACCUUUUUGAGAAAUUGUAUGUGGUUGAGAAACCUUAAUCAGCUCUUUCUGAUCAUGUAACUAAAAUCUAAAUCUGACCUGAAUGAACCUCUAUAAUUUGAAAGUCACUUUUGAUCCACGUUUCAUUUUGUCCUAUCCUCACACUGCGUUGUUAGGGAGUGAUAAAAAAAUCUAGAUUUUAAUGUUCAUAUUUCACAACCUCUGCAGGCUUUUGGAGUUGCCUAUACCCAAUCAAGCAAAAUAAUAGGCCUACACUUGAUUUAGGCUACAUUAUUGCAUGCUAAAUGUUUCUGAUCUGUGAUAGAUGAGCUACCACCUCCAUGUAUUUAUUUGCCCAGCCAGGGACCAAUUAACCAAAUAUACAAACAGAUUCUGUGAAACAAAAUCACAUUGCUUGAUUAUCAGGCAAGUCACAGGCUUUUGGUUGGGAGUAGGCUAAAAGGUGAGUGAAGAGCAAAAGAAUCCACUUGUUAAGCUACAUAACUUGUUAGCAAAAUGUUCUGAUUAGUGCUAAUACAGCCAACUAGACUACAGAGGAUCAUGAGCAGUACUCACCUCGACCUAGCUAACAUUUCCCCAGCCUAAUUGUAACCAAAUAUCCAAACAGAUUCAGUGAAAACAAAAAUCUGACAUUGAUUGAUUUUUCCAGAGUCCCCACGCUUGUCUGUGGCACUGUCCCAAUCAAAACAGUGCUGAAAUGAUCAUAUAGUUGACCACACGCAGGUAUUGCUUAGAAUGUAUUAUAACGAUUGGAUAACUUGGAGUUUCAGUAAGCAACAAUUUGAUACAUGCCUGUCAGUGUAGUGUGCGCCAAUGCCGCUUAAGCAUUACUGCCAUUUUUGUGUUUUAACAUUUUUCAUAAUGGCAAGAACAAGUUUGAUGUCGGACUACAACAAUAGAAUGUUCAUGAUUUAAUGCAUGCCAAAGACGGUAAGAUGAAAGGGGACUUUUCUUUUAUACUGAGGGGUUGGUGAGACUUUUAAACACAUUGCGCCCCCCCCCCCCCCCCCCCCCCCCCCCCAAAAAAAAAAAUGAAGUUGGCUGCAUGCCAAAGGUUUUCGUCUUGGUUUGAAAGGGAUGUUAGUUGUUCCUGCCAAAACCAACACCUGAAUCUAGACACACUGCUGUGCAUAGGGGUUUCUCUUUCUUUUUUGCACUGCUGCUAACCUGCUCUCCCCUUCCAGACACUCUCGUAAGCGGUGGGAGCGCUUCGUCCACAGUGAGAACCAGCACCUGGUCAGCCCCGAGGGCCUGGACUUCCUGGACAAGCUGCUGCGCUAUGACCAUCAGGCCCGGCUGACCGCCCGUGAGGCCAUGGAUCACCCUUACUACUGUAAGUGCGAGGAGGGAUCCGGUUGCCAGUAUAUUUAGCCAAACUGCAAAGUCAAAAUUGGCUAUAUCGUGAAAACAUAAAUGUAAGGCUAGGGGAGGGAUCCGGUUAAGUAUAGGGUUAAUAUAUGGUUAAGUAUAGGGUUAAUAUAUGGUUAAGUAUAGGGUUAAUAAAUGGUUAAGUAUAGGGUUAAUUUUUUACGUCAGACCUCGGACCCAUAUUGAUGAGAUUGGAAGGCACCUGUGGUUUAUCGCAGGGGUGGGCAAACUACGGCCUAUUUAAAAAAAAAAAAAAAAAAAAAAAAAAAAAAAAUGAUUUAGUUUUUGGGGUAGGGGGAAUGAUUAUUUUGGUUUAGGCACACAAGCAAAACGUUUUACAACGGCAAACGAAAACAAGCGUUUCUUGUUGGAAACGUUCAGGUAGUGGCUCCUCGGUUUACUCUGCUUUCCUUAAUUUUGUGCGUAAUGAACACGACCCAGUUCACUGGUUAUCAGCAGUUCCUUAUGACCAUCUCCUUGCAGUGACUAGGGACUCGAGACUAACGAUUGUUCAGUGUUUAAUUUGAGUUGUUCUUUUGUCCACAAAGAUCCCAUUGUGAAAGACCAGGGUCGCAUGCCGGGGUCGGCUAACCUGCCCAGCGGAAAUACAGCCACAAGCACAGCCAACAUGAUCACUGGUGAGCGCAAACACACACACCCUAAUCAUCCUAACCCCCCACCCAUGUGGCUUCAUCUGAACUCCCAGAGACUCCCAUCACUCAAUGUUAAGAAGGAUGUUUUGUCUGCGGGAGGCCGAGUUUGGAAAUUAAAUCGAAUCAAGCAGCCGACUUGGUCUGUGUUAAGAUUGAAUUAAGCAUGUUCGGCUGCUGUAUUUGUCCACGCUAAUUGGACUAUCUUCCAUCAAGGGUUACCACAUUGUCAUAAUUGACAUACUGUAAUUCAAUCCAAUACAUUUCAUAAGAGCUAAACUCACCAUAUGCCAGUGCAUCCGUUGUCAUCUUUCCUAUGUAUCCUCAUUGGUUAUAUCGUAGUUCACUUCAUCAUCAGAACUCCCUUGGAAGAGUGUUUUCUAAGUAACCCACAUGGUUAUCUCUGAGAUACAGUGGGGAAAAAAAGUAUUUAGUCAGCCACCAAUUGUGCAAGUUCUCCCACUUAAAAAGAUGAGAGACCUGUAAUUUUCAUCAUAGGUACACGUCAACUAUGACAGACAAAUUGAGAUUUUUUUUCUCCAGAAAAUCACAUUGUAGGAUUUUUUAUGAAUCUAUUUGCAAAUUAUGGUGGAAAAUAAGUAUUUGGUCAAUAACAAAAGUUUCUUAAUACUUUGUUAUAUACCCUUUGUUGGCAAUGACACAGGUCAAAGGUUUUCUGUAAGUCUUCACAAGGUUUUCACACACUGUUGCUGGUAUUUUGGCCCAUUCCUCCAUGCAGAUCUCCUCUAGAGCAGUGAUGUUUUGGGGCUGUCGCUGGGCAACACGGACUUUCAACUCCCUCCAAAGAUUUUCUAUGGGGUUGAGAUCUGGAGACUGGCUAGGCCACUCCAGGACCUUGAAAUGCUUCUUACGAAGCCACUCCUUCAUUGCCCGGGUGGUGUGUUUGGGAUCAUUGUCAUGCUGAAAGACCCAGCCACGUUUAAUCUUCAAUGCCCUUGCUGAUGGAAGGAGGUUUUCACUCAAAAUCUCACGAUACAUGGCCCCAUUCAUUCUUUCCUUUACACGGAUCAGUCGUCCUGGUCCCUUUGCAGAAAAACAGCCCCAAAGCAUGAUGUUUCCACCCCCAUGCUUCACAGUAGGUAUGGUGUUCUUUGGAUGCAACUCAGCAUUCUUUGUCCUCCAAACACGACGAGUUGAGUCUUUACAAAAAAGUUCUAUUUUGGUUUCAUCUGACCAUAUGACAUUCUCCCAAUCCUCUUCUGGAUCAUCCAAAUGCACUCUAGCAAACUUCAGACGGGCCUGGACAUGUACUGGCUUAAGCAGGGGGACACGUCUGGCACAGCAGGAUUUGAGUCCCUGGCGGCGUAGUGUGUUACUGAUGGUAGGCUUUGUUACUUUGGUCCCAGCUCUCUGCAGGUCAUUCACUAGGUCCCCCCGUGUGGUUCUGGGAUUUUUGCUCACCGUUCUUGUGAUCAUUUUGACCCCACGGGGUGAGAUCUUGCGUGGAGUACCAGAUCGAGGGAGAUUAACAGUGGUCUUGUAUGUCUUCCAUUUCCUAAUAAUUGCUCCCACAGUUGAUUUCUUCAAACCAAGCUGCUUACCUAUUGCAGAUUCAGUCUUCCCACCCUGGUGCAGGUCUACAAUUUUGUUUCUGGUGUCCUUUGACAGCUCUUUGGUCUUGGCCAUAGUGGAGUUUGGAGUGUGACUGUUUGAGGUUGUGGACAGGUGUCUUUUAUACUGAUAACAAGUUCAAACAGGUGCCAUUAAUACAGGUAACGAGUGGAGGACAGAGGAGCCUCUUAAAGAAGAAGUUACAGGUCUGUGAGAGCCAGAAAUCUUGCUUGUUUGUAGGUGACCAAAUACUUAUUUUCCACCAUAAUUUGCAAAUAAAUUCAUUAAAAAUCCUACAAUUUGAUUUUCUGGAUUUUUUUUUUUCUCAAUUUGUCUGUCAUAGUUGACGUGUACCUAUGAUGAAAAGUACAGGGCUCUCAUCUUUUUAAUUUGGAGAACUUGCACAAUUGGUGGCUGACUAAAUACUUUUUUCCCCCACUGUAUAUGGUGUACAGUGGUUAAGCUAAAUUUCCCCUUUCUCUCUCAAGGUAUCUCUGCCUUGCCAGCUGCUACUGCCCUGGGCAACCUCACCGGCUCGCCCGUCCUCUCUGCUGCCACCAACGCCCUGAGCACCCCUGUGCCCACUGCCGCUAGUGCCCCCCAGUGA